UCUCCUUGAGGAAAACAGCUUAUAUAUCACACUAAUUGAUGUUUUUUGAAAAUGUAAAUAUGCAGAGGAAGAGCAUGAAGAAUUUCUCAACUGUAACAUGUAUGAGGAUAUAGAUUACGGAACAUUAGUGGAUGGAGAUUCGAGCAGAUCUGGAGGUUCAGACCAAGGAUACGAAAAAGACAAGGAUGGUAAACUCAAUCAGAGCAAAAAAAGAGGAAGUGAUGGAGGAGUGACUACUUCUGGAAAAACAAAGCUGAACAUUGUGCUUUGUGGAUAUAAUACAACACUCAAGACCUCAGUGUUUAAAAUGUUUAGAGGGACAAUGAGUAAACUUUUACCCCAGAAAGAGAGAAAUAAAGUGUGUGUGAAGAAAGAGGAGAAGAUUCAUGGACGGCAGAUCACUGUAAUAGAGCUUCCAGCUCUCACUCGGCUCUCAGACGAGGAAGUGAUGAGGGAGACUCUCCGGUGUUUGAUUCUCGGUGAUCCUGGAGUUCAUGUUUUUGUCCUUGUUACUCCUGUCGGUUCACUGACUAAUGAAGACAAAGCAGAAAUGGAGAAGAUUAAAAGAAUAUUUAACACUAAUGAGCACUUCAUGGUGCUUUUCAUGGCUGAACUCGCUGUUAACAAAAGUGUGUCCGAUUUUGUAACCUCCACAGAAUCUCAGAGGUUUGUGAGUCUCUAUGGGAAUUGGUACAGUGUGAUGGGGUUAAAGGACCACCGAAACCCUGGACAGAUCUCAAAGAUGCUGGAUUAUAUAGACACCAUUAAGAUUGAACCCUAUUCACUUCAGAUGUAUAUGAGAGCUCAAGAGAAGAGAGUCAGACAUGAACUAGAGGAGAAACUGAGUGCGAGAGGUAAUGAAAUCAAAGAGUUAGAAGAGAAGAUCAAGACACCGGAGGGUGUGCAGCUGAAUCUGGUUGUGUGUGGGAGUGACAGAACAUUAAAAUCCUUCAUAUCAAACCUGAUCCUGAACCAGAGAGACAGAAGAUCAGAGCUCAGCUCAGAGUGUGUGAGGAGAGACGUGAAGGUGUGUGAACAUCUGAUCUCUCUGGUGGAGCUUCCAGCUCUGUUCAAGACUCAGCUCUCAGAGGAGGAAGUGAUGCGUCAGACUCUCCGCUGUGUGUCUCUCUGUGAUCCUGGAGUACAUCUUUUCCUCCUCAUUAUUUCUGAUGCUCCACUGACUGAUGAGGACAAAGCAGAAAUGGAGACGAUCCAGAGAAUGUUUAGUUCAAGAAUCAAGAACUACACCAUGGUCCUCAUAUACCAGAAUCCAGAGCAUCAGACAGCAGAACUGAAUGAAGAAACACAGUCUGUCAUUGAGAGUUUUGGAGGACGGCAUCAUUUCAUUGGCCCAAACACACAAGUGUCCAUGUUGAUGGAGAGACUGAUGCAGAUGGUUGAGGCAAAUAAUGGUGUUUGUUUCUCUAUAGAGACAUUGUUGGAGGCACAGAUGGAAAAACUGCUGAAAUUUGAAGAAAUGAAGAAGAGAAUCCAAUCAUUAGAGACGUGGUUUCAGUCACAAGAUUCAAGAGAGAGAGCAGAUGAUCUGAGGAUUGUGCUGCUGGGAAAAACUGGAGUUGGGAAGAGUUCAACAGGAAACACAAUCUUAGGAAGAGGAGCAUUUAUAUCGGAUGCAUCUCAUGAAUCAGUUACUAAAGAGUGUCGUAGAGAAAGAGCUGAAAUCAACGGCCGACAUGUUACUGUAAUCGACACUCCAGGACUGUUUGAUACUGAACUUACUAAUGAGAAGGUCCAGAGAAUCACCAACUGCAUCUCCAUGAUUCUGCCUGGACCACAUGCGUUUCUCUUACUGAUACCAGUGGGACGAUUCACUCAAGAAGAGGAAAAAUCAGUGAAGAUCAUCCAAGAGACGUUCGGUGAAAACUCUUCAAUGUACACCAUAGUGCUCUUCACCAGAGGAGAUGAUCUGAAGGACAUAACUAAUGAACAGUGGCUGGGAAAACCUGGAUCUCCUUUGAUGAACCUGAUUGAAGUGUGUGGAAACAGAUACCAUGUGUUCAAUAAUAAUCAUACUGGAGACCGAACACAGGUGUCUGAUCUACUGAAGAAGAUAGAUGACAUGGUGAAAGAAAACGGAGACAGUUACUACUCAUGUAAAAUGUUCAGAGAGAUGGAAAGAGAAAUACAAGAAAAAGAGAAAGAGAGAAUGAAGAUGACGAUGGAAGAAGAAAGACGGAAUAAUGAUAAAGAGAGAAAGAUGCGAGAGGAGCUGAAGAGAGAACGAGAGGAACGGGAGAGACAGAAACAAGAGGAAAGACACAGAAGAGAUGAAGAGGAUGAGAGAAGGAGAAAGAAAGAACAGGCGAUGAGGGAUGAAUAUAAUCGGAUACUUCAACAAGCAAAAGAGAGAAUGAAGAUGAUGAUGGAGGAAGAAAGACAGAAUCAUGAUAAAGAGAGAAAGAGAAGAGAAGAAGAAUUGAGAGAGAGAGAAGAACAAUAUAAAAGAGACAUUAAAGACCUAGAGGAUCAUGAGAGAAAGAUGCAGGAGGAGAUGAAGAGAGAACGAGAGGAUGGGAAGAGACAAAGUGAAUAAGAUGAGAAAGUCUCCUAGCCUUUGUAUUCAAAUCCCAAGUCAAGACCGGCAAGUCCAAGACAAGUUGCAAGUCCUCAACGCAAGCUUCAAGUUUUAAGGCCCAUUCACACCAAAAACGAUUAUUAUAACUCUAUAACUAUAUAGAGUCCACACCAACGCACAAUAUCGUUUUGUUUAUUCCAAGCACGCACUCAUUACGAACUCCCAUAAAACCAACACUCACCCUCACACCUUCUCGUCAUUCACUACAGUGUGCAAGACUUACCUGACUCCUUAACUGUGUUCCUGUUCCAUGAUCUUCAUUUUCUUCUGACCGUAACCAUUCUCCUCAGUCCAGCUGCUUCGGCUUCAUCUUCAGUCAGUUGUCCUGCUAAAAUAAAGCAAGAGACUAUUUUAUGAAGCUUAGUUACCUGUCUGAAUUCCAUACAAUGUCUUGUAUUCCUGUGUUGUCUGUUGGUGAAGUUCACCUCAAUAAAAGCCUUGGGUUCACUUA